GGUCAGCCGUCAUGGAUGGGGAUCCGGCAGUCGAGUCGCAGCUAGAUGGCUUCAGCCUGGUGCUUCCGCUGCCGUAUCGUGUUGCUCUGAUCAUCGUUCUGGNNGACGUGCCAUCCCUUAUUCGCUAUCCUGCUCGUAACUCUCCCACCGAACCGCCGCACCACCUCUCGACCUACCGCCUUGCGACCCUCCUUACAAUUCCUCUCGCUUUCUCGCUGUUUCUCUUCUGGAUCAUCACACAUGGCAAUCCUGCCUCGGUCGCAAACUGGGAGAUUCUACCCAAUCUAUACCUGCUCGUACUUGUACUCGCAUUCGUCCUGCCCAUCCAGCGCGUCUCACGCAGUGGCCGAUACCGAACCCUCGCCACCCUCAAACGCGUCAGUAUAGGUGGGUUGGCUGAAGCUCACGAUGGGAAAUUCGGAGAUGUUCUGAUGGCCGAUGUCUUGACAAGCUAUGCAAAAGUUAUGGGAGAUUUGUUCAUUGCUCUCUACAUGUUCUUCUCUUCAGGAAGGAGUUCAACAGAGAAGCCGGAUCGACAAGCCGGAGGUUCAUACUUGGUGCCUUUCAUCAUUGCUAUUCCUAGCAUGAUUCGCCUGAGACAGUGCCUGAUUGAGUACUUCAGAGUCCGCAAGGCCAAUGCAAAAAACGGGGGCAUAGGUGCUCAUGGAUGGGGUGGCCAGCAUCUUGCCAAUGCUCUCAAGUAUUCGAGUGCCUUUCCAGUCAUCAUCCUGAGCGCAUUGAUGAGAGGAUACGACCCAGCCAAAAUUGGCAUGUCUGAAGCCGGCUUGUUUCGCCUAUGCUUCAAGCUCUCUCCACACUUGGACCACUUUAACGAUCUGGAAGGCGGCAUCUUCGUGAUGGAAUUGCUUGAGGUGCUUCGACGCUGGAUUUGGAUCUUCUUCCGCGUCGAAACCGAAUGGGUGCGCAACACUCGUGGCCCUGCGCCAGACGACAUCCUACUCGGCGAUNUUCCUGCAAACAAGAUAGACGAAGAU